AUGGCUUCUCCAAGCUUCAACACAACGCUCCCCAGUGAAGCCUCUUGUCCCAUCUGCCUGGAAUAUUUCCAAGAUCCUGUCUCUAUCCAUUGUGGUCACAAUUUUUGCCGGGGGUGUAUCACCCGUUGUUGGGAAUGGUCCACAACUAAUUUCUCCUGCCCUCAGUGUCGAGAAACUGCAGCGGAGAGAAAUUUUCGACCCAGUCGAGAACUUGCACGAGUGCUGGAAAUAGCCAAGAGGUUGAGUUUACAAGCAGCCAGAGGGGAAAUAAUCGAGGAGGAAGGAUGUGAGAGGCACCAAGAACCUCUGAAGAUCUUCUGCAAAGAUGAUGAAACCUUCAUCUGUAUGAUCUGCCGGGAGUCUCGUACUCAUCGGUCUCACACAAUGCUUCCUGUGCAAGAUGCUGUCCAGGAAUACAAGGGACAAAUCCAGGUUCAUCUGCAAACCUUGAAGGAAGAGAGAGACAAACUCCUGGGCUUUCGAGAAGCUGAAAUGAGGAGAAGUUGGGAGUAUUUG